AUGCCUCCUGUUUCUAUGAAAGCUAGUGUCUUCAAAGGACCAAAAAAAAUUCAAUAUUCAAAUGUUCCAACUCCAAAAUUACAAUCUCCAAAAGAUGCUAUAAUUCAAGUUAAAGCUACUGCACUUUGUGGUACUGAAUUACAUAUGUAUAGAGGUGAUGUUGUACCAAAAUCAAAUGGUUAUAUAACUGGUCAUGAAUUUAAUGGAACUGUGGUUGCUAUUGGUGAUCAAGUUACAAGUUUCAAAGUUGGUGAUGAAGUUAUUUCUACAUUUACAUCUCAAUGUGGUGAAUGUUGGGCUUGUAUUGAUGGUUUAAGUUCUUCUUGUGUUGAUUCAAAAGUGUUUGGAACUUGGGCUUUAGAUGGUGGUCAAGCUGAAUAUGUUAGAAUUCCAUAUGCUGAUAAUGUCUUGUAUCCAUUACCAAAAAAUAUUGAUAGAUUUACUGCUUUAUUAAUGUGUGAUAUUUUCCCAACUGGUUGGCUUUGUGUUAAUAAUUAUCUGAAAAAAAUUCAAUUUAAUAAAGAAAAAUUGAAAACUGAUGUUAUAUUACAAUUAGGUGUUGGUCCAGUGGGUCUUUGUUGUAUUGCUGCUGCAAAAGAAAUUGGUGUUCAAAAUCUUUAUGUUGUUGAUUCUGUUGAAUCAAGAUUACAAGAAGCUGAAAAAUUAGGUGCAAUUCCAAUUAAUCUGAAUAAUGAAAAAGAUAUUCCACAACUCAUCAAGGAUAAAACUAAUGGGAAAGGUGCAGAUGCUAUUUUUGAAUUAGUUGGUAAUUCUUCAGCUUUAAAAUUAGGAUUUGAUACUGUUCGUUCUGCUGGAUUUAUAAGUUCAAUUGGUUAUCAUCAUGAACCUUUACCAUUUGAUGGAUUACAAUGUUAUUUGAAAAACAUUUCAUUACAAUUUGGUCGUUGUCCAGUUCGUUCAAUAUUUGAUGAAUCAUUUAAAACUUUCCAAAAAGUUGCAUAUAAAUUUGAUGGUUUUAUUGAUGUUAAAUUACCAUUAAGUCAAGUUUCCAAGGCUUAUGAAAUAUUUGAUCAACAUAAAGCAAGAAAAAUUGCAUUUUUAAUUGAUGAUAAACUGUAUUUAUAG